GCCCCGCCCCGGGAUGGGAUGGCCCGGCCCGGCCCACUGGACGCGUUCGGAGAUUUCCCGCUCCCGGGCUGUCGGGCAGAGGGAGGCAGAGACGUUCGGUAGAUGGGAGCGCGGGCGGCUCGGACCCGCAGCCGGCAAGCGUUUCGUUUCCUCGACUGAAGCGCUGCGCCUGGAAGAGGAACUUGCUUGAGGCGAGGGGCGGAAAUCCCCCUCCUGCGGGACCCCGCUCGCCGACCUGAGAGGGCGGAGAGGCAGCGGAGGCCAUGAACGGCGCCGGCGGCAGAAAGGAGCGGGGCAGGCGGGGAUCGCGGCCCGCCGCCCCGCGGGGCCGGGGGGCGGCGAGGGGAGCAGCCCGCAGCUCUUCGCGGGGCCGCGGCCGGGGCGGCGCCGCGACCACCAAGGCGCCGCAGAGGGACGGAUCCGUCGCCCGACGUGGCCGCCCGGCUCGGCCAGCCUCCAUCGUUCGGAGCCUGCCGGCGGAACCGGCACCGUGCGGCGAGGAGGCGCCGUCGGCUUCUCGGAGCAGGGCAGCAGCUGCUAGAACGCCGGCGACGCGGAAACGAACGACGUUGCCUGACGGGGCGGUCGCGGCUCCCGUGUCCACCCGCCGCCCCCCCCCAGCAGCAGCGGGCGGCCUGAGGCUCCGGGAGGUGCUGUCGCGGCUCACCCUGGGCCGCCAGGACGUGUCCGAGGCGUCGGGGCUAGUGAACCAAGUCGUCUCGCAUCUGAUCCAGGCCAUCCGGAGCACGAACUGCAGCUUCAGCUCCAUCGACAUCCUAGGCGCCGGCAGCUACUACGAGCGCGUCAAGAUAUCUGAACCAGAUGAGUUUGACAUCAUGCUUGUAAUGCCUGUCUCGAGACUUCAGCUGGAGGCAAGUGAUGAUACUGGAGCCUAUUAUUAUGCAUCAUUCAAAAGAAAUCCAAAAGAAAAGUAUUUGUUGAAGUUUUUAGAUGAAGAUGGCAAAUUAUCAGCCUUUAAAAUCAUUCAAGCACUACGAGAUAUUAUUAAACGAGAAGUAAAAAACAUCAAAGAUGUGGAAGUAACUGUGAAAAGGAAAAAGGCUGGAAGCCCUGCAAUAACUCUUCUGAUCAAAAAUCCUCCAGCAGAAAUAUCAGUGGACAUCAUCUUGGCUUUGAAAGUUCAGCAAAGCUGGCCACCCAGCACACAGGAUGGCCUCAAAAUUGAACAGUGGCUGGGAAGAAAAGUCAGAACAAAGUUCAGAAAUGAACCACUCUAUCUAGUAGCCAAACAAAACAAAAAAGAAAAGGUUCUAAGAGGAAACACCUGGAGACUCUCUUUCUCUCAUAUCGAGAAGGCCAUGAUGAACAACCACGGCAACUCAAAGACAUGUUGUGAAUCUGAUGGACCAAAGUGUUGUAGGAAAGGUUGCCUUAAGCUUCUGAAGUAUCUCCUAGAGCGACUUAAAAUGAAAUAUCCAAAGGAACUGGAAAAAAUCUGUUCAUUUCAUGUCAAAACUGCUUUUUUCCACUCCUGUGUCACGUGGCCAAAUGACACAGACUGGUGCUCGGGAGACCUGGAUCACUGCUUUCAGAAAUACCUGGGAUAUUUUCUGGAUUGCCUGCAAAAGUCUCAUCUGCCACACUUUUUUAUUCCCCAAUACAAUUUGCUCAGCGUGGAAGAUAAAGCGAGCAGCGAUUUCCUUUCAAGACAAAUAAACUUCCAAUUGAACAAUGGAUUCCCAGUAUUUCAGGAGAGGUGUUAAAUGCACUGUUUACAGUGACUCUCACCAUAUAG